AUGCCCGCCGGGGACAACGUGGCGGCGGCUGGCGGAGGCGGCGGCGGAGGCGGCGGAGGCGGCGGGCGCUCACCGGCUGCGCAUCGCGGCCGCACCGGCACGGCUGCGGGCGGCGCUACUGGGGGCGGCCAGCAAGGUCUGGGCGUAGUAAAAACAGCGCGGCAGUUAACGGCCUCCGUGCUGGCAGCAGCCACCGGCGAAUUCACUCCGGGUAUGGAGUCGCCGCGGCACGCCAGGCCAGCGCUCGAGACUGAUGGAGCGGCCGCCAGCGGCGCCAGCGUCGCCAUGGCAACGCCCCACCGCCCGCCCCAGUGGCGGGCAGCCGCGAGACGCCGCGUCUACCCCCAGCGGCGCAUCCUGCCAUUCACAGACUCCAACAGAACACCAGGGCAGAGACCACAGCCAUUCUUCAGCAGUCCAGUCCAUCGCAGCGAGAAGUUUACGUCGUCCACCUGCGGGAAGCUCUGCCCGCACGCUGCCAGCAGCACGCGCACGACGUAUCCCGAAGCGCCGCAUCAGUCGCUGCGGCCGCCGGAGGCACCAGUCGGAAGGAUUUCGAAGUGGCAGUCGCUGGCGCCAGAAUCGAACCGUCGCAAAAAGGAGGAACAUAUUUCUUAA